AAACUUAAUAAUACAAAUAAUUGCAUUAACUUCAAUGAAUAUAUGUGGAAUGACAUCACAUUUCUAAACUGGAAAUUUGGGAAUUCAGUGUCCAAGACAGCAAACAGGGGCAGGUUAAAGAGCACAUCGAUCCCUUGAGACCCCAUCAUAAAUAAUAAUCAUCUGUCCAUUAGAAAUCUGGAUCUACUCAUUAACGUUGGCCCCGCCUCCGUCACAUGAAUGUGAGCGCUGAUUGGACAGUGUCCUCAUAAAAAACAAUGAAAGUGACCCAAUGGAUAAAACACGCGCUAGGCGCAUCACUGUGACAGUGUAUCGAGUAUACUUUCAUCUGACAGCAUCCGAAAUCUUUGGGUGAAUCAGACGAGAAGAUGCCACGGGGAUUUUUAGUGAAACGGAGUAAACGAGGCUCACCAGCAUCAUACAAGGUGCGCGCUGAGGAAAAAGAGCUGCGCAAAGUGGACCUGUCUCCACAAAUUCCAGAUGGACCCACAAGUGUCCUAGUUGAUUGUCCAGACUUGGUGGAACCAGAACCUGUUAGAGAAGCAUGGACAGAUGGUAUAACCUCUAAAAAUGACCAGUCACGUAUGCAAGAGGACUCUGGAGGAGUUGUUGGAGAGAGAAGCGAUUACGCACAGAGCUACUUCAACCAGCCGGAGCAGAGCGGGUCAUCACCCGACUCCUACAGCCCGAUCAAACCGGUCAGCGCCGAGCUCAAGCAGUCGUUUCUGGACCGGUGUCUGAGCUCACCCGCCACGGCCGAGUCCUUUCCACUGCCCCCCCCGGUGACCUCAGUCGAGCGUCUCCUUAUGAACCACUCAGACAUUAAGUUUGGCACGCCAGUGUCCACUUCGUUGCCCACUUAUCCGUCUUUUCAUCAGUGCGUAAAGCGCGCAUUCAUGGAAUCCGAGCGCAAGACCAAACCGCCCGCGAAAAAGCCUAAAGUCAUCAGAAAACUCAACUUUGAAGACGAAGUCACCACCUCACCAGUCCUAGGACUUAAAAUCAAGAAGGAAAGCCCCGAAACCAAGCUGGCACCAUCAAGCCGAAAGAAGCCGCUGGGUGAGUUCAUAUGCCAGCUUUGUAAGGAAGAAUACCCUGACCCGUUUUCCUUGGCGCAGCACAAGUGCUCCAGGAUUGUGCGCGUUGAGUACCGCUGCCCGGAGUGCGAUAAAGUUUUCAGCUGCCCCGCCAACCUCGCUUCGCAUCGAAGAUGGCACAAACCUCGCAGUUUAAGCAGUGGAGAUGCCCCAAAUGGGAAGAAAUCACAACUAGAAGUGCGUAACCACGAGAAAACAUCAGUGGAAGGGAAGGAGAACGCCAGUAAGGUCAGAGUAAACAAUCAACACCAGCUCAGUCCGGACAGCUCCCAACAACACCGAUCAGCACCGGACAGCAACAUGAUGCACAGAGCAUCCCAAGACCCUCCUCCUCUGGAGCAAAGGUAUCCAUCCACUGAUAAGUGCUUUGAUCUGCACAGUGACAGCUCCAGGUUGUUUGAUCACUGUCCCGAAGAGCCCGAAAGUUCGACCACCCGCUAUCUACCCUCACCGGGCGCUAAAGAAGUGUAUGAAUGCCACUACUGCAGCAAGAAGUUCAGAAGACAAGCCUACCUGAGAAAACACCUGGCUGCACAUGAGACGAUCAAAUUAUCCUCCUAUAAUAACCAUCAUAUAGAGACUGGACAGAUCACCUUUCCAUGCCACCUGUGUGGAGUGCACUUCCCCUCGGCUGAUAUAAGGAACAAACACAGAAUUUGGCAUAGUGUUAGAGACGAUUUGUUAUUCAGACCAGAACUGAGUCCAGGAGAACAACAGAUCUUCUCAUGCAAACACUGCCCAUCCACAUUCUUCAGUUCUCCAGGUUUGACAAGACACAUUAACAAGAGCCAUCCACCAGAGAAUAGACAGGUGAUGCUCCUACAGAUGGCUGUCAGACCGGGAUGCUGAUUUCAGUGUAUAAACAAACAGUUUUGAUUGUUUAAUGGCUUGUUGUUCAUAUUAUUGCUCAUUAAUCAACUAUGUGCAGUAUUUUUAUGUGGGGGGAUAUUCAAAAGUUUUUUCUUUUUUGGCAACAGAGACAACAGUUAAUGUAUUCCUUGAUUACCUAGGGUAACGCAUUAUAUUUAUCAUUAGUAAGUCAUUAACAGACUUAAUAUAUCGGGUUUCCUCACCUUUUGUCCCAUGCAUUUCCAUAACUUUUCCAGUUAUUUUGUGACUGUAAAGAAAAAAUACAAAAUAAUAAUGUAUUCACAAAGAGCACUUUCUGUCUGAGAAUAACUAGAACAACAUAUAUAAAAAUAGCAGCAUGACCUGUAACUUUUCAGGAUUUUAUUAAUGUCUUCAUCAGGCCUGGGAAUCACAGUUUUAAAAAUCCCUGAUAUUUCCAGGUUUUCUAUGACUGUGUGCAGGCUAUUUGUAAUGCUUAAUAUUAUAUGAAAAUGUGUAAAUCUCUAUAAACCUCUAUUUGAAAUGAACUACUGAUCUGUUUAACAUUAUAUAAUGAUGUUUGUUGAUGCUAUUAAUGAAACUUAUAAGGUGUUACCCGUUAAAGGCACUUAACAUAUCCUCCUAUUGCUCAUAAAACACAGGAUCUUCUCAAUUUUGUCAUGAGUUAUGACUCAGAGCUCACGGUUGGUUAUUCUAUUAACAUAUGCUAUUAUGAUGGGGGAAAGUGAAUUAGUGUCUCAUUGUACAAGUGGUUCCCAUGGAAAGCUUGUUUCAUUUGAAUCGUCUUAGGAGGUGCAUUUAUUUCUAGAUUAUGAAUUUAUGUACUGUAUGUUUCAUUAAAUUUUGAUGCACAACAAUUACUGCAAAAAGAAAAUGUAUUUAUUUCAUAACAAUUAACUGCCAGAAAAUGCCUAGCAUACAUCAAGACUUUUAGAGGCCUACAUGUAAUAAUAAACCAUAAGUGUCAUAUUUAUAUUUUCAUAUGUAAUCUUGACAUUUUAAACUGUU